AUGAAAUUUCCAAUCGAGACUCCAAGAAAACAGGUGAACUGGGAUCCUCAAGUGGCUGUUCCUGCGGCAGCACCGACUUGUCAGCCCAAGAGUGUCACUAACGGGCACUACACAGCCCCACGCCUCUCGAUUUCCUCUCGAGCCACAGUGGUUGCCAGCAUGGAAAAUACCUCCCAGGGCUUACAGACCGUCAUGAAGUGGAAAACAGUCGUGGCGAUCUUUGUGGUUGUGGUGGUCUAUCUGGUUACAGGAGGUCUUGUCUUCCGGGCACUUGAACAACCCUUCGAGAGCAGCCAGAAGAAUACAAUUGCCUUGGAGAAGGCAGAAUUUCUUCAGGAUCACAAAUGUGUGGGCCCGCAGGAAUUAGAUACACUGAUUCAGCAUGCGCUUGAUGCGGACAAUGCUGGCGUCAGUCCAAUAGGAAAUUCUUCCAACAACAGUAGUCACUGGGACCUUGGAAGUGCCUUUUUCUUUGCUGGGACAGUCAUCACCACCAUAGGAUAUGGAAAUAUUGCUCCAAGCACUGAAGGAGGCAAAAUCUUUUGUAUUUUGUAUGCCAUCUUUGGAAUUCCACUCUUUGGCUUCUUAUUGGCGGGAAUUGGAGACCAGCUUGGAACUAUCUUUGGGAAAAGCAUUGCAAGAGUGGAGCAGGUCUUUCGGAAAAAGCAAGUGAGUCAGACGAAGAUCCGGGUGAUCUCAACCAUAUUAUUCAUCUUGGCAGGCUGCAUUGUAUUUGUAACAAUUCCUGCGGUCAUUUUUAAGUACAUUGAGGGAUGGACAGCCUUGGAAUCCAUAUACUUUGUGGUUGUCACAUUGACCACUGUUGGCUUUGGUGAUUAUGUGGCAGGGGGAAAUGCCGGUAUCAAUUAUCGAGAGUGGUAUAAACCCUUAGUGUGGUUUUGGAUCCUGGUGGGUCUCGCCUACUUUGCUGCCGUCCUCAGCAUGAUUGGAGACUGGCUCCGAGUUCUGUCCAAAAAGACAAAAGAAGAGGUUGGUGAAAUAAAAGCCCACGCAGCCGAGUGGAAAGCCAACGUGACAGCUGAGUUCCGGGAGACACGCAGACGUCUGAGUGUGGAGAUCCAUGAUAAGCUUCAGCGGGCAGCCACAAUCCGAAGCAUGGAACGCAGGCGGUUGGGCUUGGAUCAGAGGGCUCACUCCCUGGACAUGCUAUCUCCUGAGAAGCGCUCAGUCUUCGCGGCGCUGGAGACUGGGCGCUUCAAAGCCUCAUCUCAGGAAAGCAUCAAUAACCGACCCAACAAUUUACGCCUAAAGGGGUCAGAGCAUCUGAACAAACACGGGCAGGGAGCAUCUGAGGACAACAUCAUCAACAAGUUUGGGUCUUCAUCAUCCAAGCUCACCAAGAGGAAAAACAAAGACCUUAAAAAGAGUGUCCCAGAGGAUGUUCAGAAAAUUUACAAGACCUUCCGGAAUUAUUCCCUGGAUGAGGAGAAAAAAGAAGAAGAUUCAGAAAAAAUGUGUAACUCAGACAACUCGAGCACAGCCAUUUUGACUAAUUGUAUCCAGCAGCACUCGGAGAUGGAGAACGGUGUGAUACCUUCUGAGACCAAAGAAAGGGAACAUGAAAACAAAUCAUUACUUGAAGACAGAAAUUAA